ACAUGCUAUUAUUAACGUGAGGCAAUCUGGCACUGCCCCCCUGUUUUUCUCCUUUCCAUUCUCUUUUCCAACCCUCUCUCCACUUCUCUCUGCAAACAAAAUAAUUCCCAAAAAAAGAAAAUCAGACGGACAAUCAGAACAAAACAUGCUUUUCUUUCAAAAUUUCAACCAUUUGACCUUGUCAACACACCGUGUUCUCAACAUCAAUACCAAAUGAACAACAACAUCGAUCAUUACCACGACAAUCAUAAUUACGAUAAUUUAACUCAACAUGGAAACCAAACGAACGAUGACGAUGAACUGGGAUGGGCUAGGAUCCCACGAUGACGAAGACGACGACUUCUUCGAUAGCAACAACCGCAUUUCCGCCGUGGUACCCUUGGAUAUGUUAGCUGGACCCUCUGACGACUCCUCUGAUGAUGAAGAGUUCGAGGACCCACGCAUGUCCUUUGCGUCUGUCAUCUCAUCUUCCUCGUCCGAGGGCGGGUCCCAACCUAUGAAUGUGUUGGGACCCACCCCACCGUUGCCACCGCCAUCUAAUGAGGAGUACGACAUAUGGACAGCAGCUCCUACAUCGAUACAAGAACGUCGACGUAGGCUGUUGCAGGGGAUGGGGCUUAAUAGCAGCAAGGAACUUGUUAGACUUAGGACAAUGACAAUGUCAAAGAAGUUCACUGCUGCUGGUGGAACCCCGCCUUUGCCACCUGCACCUGCACCUUCACCUGUAGGAGCCAAAGGAACAGAAGAAAAAGAAGAAAAAGUUGUAUCACCUAAGAUAAAUAACGAGGAUCACACCAAUGAUCAGAUUGAGGAUCAUUCCACGGCUUCUCCCUCACCUGAUGCUUCUUUUAUUCUGGUCAGAUCACGAUCUGAUGGCGACAUUGAUCCGUUCUCGAUUGAGACCAAACGGAGAAAGGAGCAUCUAAUCGGAGACAUUUCGAAACAGAGGCUAACCAGAACGUUAUCAACUUUUGUGCCUUUUAACACUUUUUGUAAUCCUUCCGACAUAACCCCCAAUGAUAGCAAUCAUAGCGAGGAUGCUAGUAAACACAACAGAAAGAGCAGCGCCAAAAUAGGAAAGAAAGCAAGGUCGAAACAGCCGAAGAGUAGCAUGGUCGCUAAUGGUGGAGAACAAUUAGGGGCUUUCUUCCUGAUAAAGAAUUUAGAUACAGGAAAAGAGUUUGUUGUCAAGGAAUUCGCGGAAGAUGGAAUGUGGAACCGCCUGAGUGAUCUUCAAACAGGGAAGCAAAUGACAAUGGAGGAGUUUGAGAAAUCGGUAGGGUAUUCCCCUGUGGUGAAGGAGCUUAUGAGAAGAGAGAACAGGAGACGGCAUAGCAGCGUUGACAGUAGUGGUGCCGCCCUUGAAAGGAAAACUAGCGUUAACGCAUACUUGUCUAAGAGUUUCCGGUAUAGCAAGAGGAGGGGAGUUUCAUUCCUAAAGAAUAUUAACAAAGUGGCAAACUCGGUCACUGGUUUAGGUGGGGCUACAGCGGAGAAAGAGCAACAUCCACUGCCUUCCAACCCUGUUCCUGUUCCUGUUCCCGUUCCCAUUCCAGCAGACCCACAAAAAGGUGGGAAAAAUAGUGCUAAUCAGAACAAUGAAUGGGUGAGGGUGAGGACACAGGGUAAGACAUAUAAGGAAUUGACUGCAUUGAGACUCUGCCAGGAGAUUCAGGCACAUCAAGGAUCAAUCUGGACCAUAAAAUUCAAUUUUGAUGGACGUUAUUUGGCAACUGCAGGAGAAGAUAAGGUGAUUCAUGUGUGGGAAGUUCAACAAUGUGAGAUUGCAUCCUUAAGGCCGCUUGAGGAAUCUGCUAAUUCCACCCCCGUUCAUCCAAUAUUUUGUCCAUCUCCUGACCGAGACAAGCCUCCUCUCCCCCCAGACUUGUCUACAUUGGAGAAGAAAAAGAAAGGGAGAUCAGGUAGUCGUAGAGGGUGUAGCAUGCCCGAAUAUGUUCAGUUGCCUGAGACUGUUUUUGCUCUCUCAAACGAACCUGUUUGUUCGUUUGAAGGUCACUUGGAUGAUGUGCUAGAUCUUUCCUGGUCUAGAUCUCAGCUGUAUUUGCUUUCAUCUUCUAUGGACAAAACUGUCAGGCUGUGGGACUUGGAGACAAAGGCCUGUUUGAAGUUGUUUGCUCAUAAUGAUUAUGUCACUUGUAUACAGUUCAAUCCUGUGAAUGAUGAAUAUUUCAUCAGCGGCUCACUUGAUGCCAAAGUCCGAAUAUGGAGCGUACCAGGUAGACGGGUGGUUGAUUGGACAGAUCUUCAUGAAAUGGUCACUGCUGCUUCCUAUACUCCUGAUGGCCAGGGUGCUGCAGUAGGCUCUCAUAAAGGAAAUUGUCGCAUGUACAGCAUAACCGAUGGGAAAUUAAAUCAAACAAUUCAAUUUGAUAUCCAGAGCAAGAAAAAAGGAACUCCAAAAAAGAUAACUGGUUUUGAGUUUAACUCGGAAAACCCAAAUGAAGUUCUUGUAACUUCUGCGGAUUCAAGGAUACGAAUAUAUGAUGGCUCAGAUGUCAUACAAAAGUUCAGAGGAUUUAGAAAUACUAGCAGUCAAAUUGCUGCUUCUUUUAGCCCAGAUGGAAAAUAUGUCAUAUGUGGUAGUGAAGAUUCAAAUGUUUAUGUAUGGAAGCGGGAAGAGCACCGAAAUGGUAAAACCAAGACCAUAACUGACACGAGUUCCUACGAGCAUUUCCAGUGUAAGGAUGUAUCCGUGGCAAUUCCAUGGCCCGGUAGUGUAAAGUUUGAUCCUCCCACCAUACAAUUGCACUCCAAAAAGAACACAAAAAAAGCACUUGCCUCUGCCACGAGUUCACCCAAGAAAGAAGACUCAAAUAAGAACAACAAGAGCCAACUCCCUCCGUUGCCAAAUCACAAGAAAAACAACAAUGCGGGAGAAAAGACUGUCAACCACGAUAGCAAUAUGAGCAACAGCAACAAUCAAGAGAAUGCAAGCAGCAGCAGCAACAAUAAAGAUGAUUAUGACAAUAACAAAAACAACCACCGCAGCAACAAUAAUAACAAUAGUGAGAACAUUGUAGAUGGUGAAAAGGCUCCUGAUAGCCCAGAAGCAGAUCCUGCACAAAUCAGUCGUACAGAUUCAGGGAUAGAUGAUUCCUUCAACUCCUCUAGUGGACGAUCAAUUAGAUACGGCGACUCACCUUCAAUAUCUUCCAACCAUUCUGCGUCGCCUUCAUGGGCUUCGGGUUGGUCGUGGUUUGAUGGGGGUGCCAGUCAUGGAAGCGAUACCAUGCAAGCUCGAGCAUGGGGAUUGGUCAUUGUUACGGCAGGGCUUGGAGGAGAGAUAAGGGCUUAUCAAAAUUUGGGUGUACCGGUUAAGGUUGGGCGUCAGUCUAAUCUGUUUAUGACAUGAAGUGAUUUUUUUGUCUAAGCAUUUUUAUUUGAUUGUUGAGUACAUCAUUUUGGGUCGAAACAGAUGAUCCCAAAAUUAAUCUUUGUUUGUUGGAUUUAGGGAAGAGGUACGGUUAAGAAUGUAGAUAUCCAUAGAAAGCAUAUACUGUUUUCAGAUCGUGUCAAUCAUCAGUAAGGCAUGGAUAAUCUCUGUAAAGUAGUAAGGUUGUAGGACUGACUAUAGUUUUGUUAGAGAUGGACUAAUUUCUUUAUCUUUUUUCUUGAUUAUAAUGAAAUGAAACUAAAUUUUUCAGCA